GUCAAACUUUGGCAAGAAAUAUCGGCACCUGUUGUGACGAAGCAUCUAUUUAUGUUGAAGAAUUAAAAAUCUUGGCAAAUAACGUUUGUUUGUGGGAUAAAAUUAUCAUCUGCGCUGUUAUAAAGAUUACCAUUUUGCCAAAGGAUUAUACCAGAUUGAAGCAUCAGACUUCAGAGAGGAUGCCGCUAAAACAUCAACCCAAUUCGCUGCGAAAGAUAGCUCUACGUUCAAUUUGUCGGAACUUCAACAAACUCUUCUACAGAUGUCAGUCAGAUGAAAACAUGAGAGUACUUAUAGACACUGGUGCUUAUAUGGAGUUUGAAAAUCCACUUCAAGAACUGCCUCCAAACAUGCUGGAGGACCUUGCGGAAGAGAUGAAACGUGUGACUCACUUGCGCAGCCACCAUCUGCACAUGUUCAUCACGGAAAAUCUUCAGGAAUGGUCAUUUUCAGGAAGCAUUGCAGACCAUUCAAUGGCAUUCCAUAUGCUUAGUACCAGAUGCAAGAAACUUAAACACUUAAAUCUGUCAUAUAUGAGGACAAUGAAUCACAUGGUGUUCCUCAUGCUGGUCCCAACCCUUGCCAACAUUGUCAGUCUCGAUCUUCGCAUGACUUUAACAGUGGAUGAGGUUGUCAACAAGAUAGGGGAAUGCUGCCAUUCCCUGGUCGACCUGAACUUGUCCAGUACCCCUAUCACAGACAAGGGCCUGGUGUACCUCUGUAUCUCCCAGAAUGGGCAGCGAAGAUGUCAGCAGCUCGCUAGGCUCUCAGUCAGUGAAACUUGGAUUAGUGCCUUAGGAGCCACAGUUGUUCUACACUUCCUUCCCAACAUUAGAGAAUUCGAUUUCGAUAAUAUUUUUGAGGCAAUAGAGGGUGUGGAGAUGGUGGAAGAUCGAGCUAUGCAGUGCCUGUUUACACGUGCAGGUAUCCGAUUAUCAGAGUUGGACACUGAUAUCACCGCGCCCACGCGCCUGCGCCUCACAUGCCUGAACUCGACUGUGGAGUAUCUUCGUGAAGAGGCCCUUGACGCCACAGUCCGACUCUGUCCUGAUGCAACCAACGUAGCAAUUUCCAAUGCAUGGCUCCCAAACGAGGCACUAUACAAGUUGAUGCUACUGGAACACCUCACUGCUCUGUCCCUCACCAAUGGUGAGGGCUGCACGUUUACGUUUCAUGAAGGAGUUAUGCCAGUCCUGUCCGUGUGUGGACCCAGGCUGCACAGUCUCAUUCUUUCCAACUUUCCUGGAAUUGACAUUUCAGGUGUAGGGAGCAGCUGCCCGAACCUGCAGAACUUGGCAUUCUCAAAUGUACCAGUGUUUGAGGUGCCAUCAAAACUGGUACCAGAGUGGUUCAACAAACUAGAGGCUCUGGAGUUGUGGUCUGCAACAUCUGUAGAGUACAGUCCUCAACUGGUGAAACAACUGCUUCUGUACAGUCCCAUCAUCAAGAACAUCCUCUUCAACAGUUGCAGCGUCGUCACUGACUCUCUCUUGCUAGAGAUCAUGCAAAGUAACCCCAUGGAGAUGCUGUCACACCUGACAGUAAACCACUGCCACGGGGUCACUAUGGCAACAAUUGAAAGUGUUCUGGAUGCCAAGAAUGAUCUGAAUGUACUGAGAGUGUGGAGCUGUGCAAGCAUCACACGUCUCCAUAGUGUGCAGGUUUCUCAACGAAUAUCGGAAGAAAACCUGGAUGUAUAUUUUGAAUGGUUCGAAUUCACAUAGGUUGUUAUUUUUAGAUCUUCUUUUUUACUGCUUUUUGUACAUGUGUAUGUAAGUCUUUCUAAUGUUGUUUUAUCAUUAACUUUGUGAUUUGUGCAUUUUUGAUUUUAUUAUCAAUAUUAUAAAUGAUUCUAAAA